AUGAAAUUACACCCUAUGCAGUUGGAAGGUGAGUUCACAGUCAAGGGCGAAGCGAGAGGCCUUCCUCAGGGAUACCUAGAGCAAUACUUGCAUCGUUUGGCGGAAAAGGAAAAGUGGGAAACAUUUAUGGAUGUAUUGGCUCUUAUCCUCUAUGGUGUCAUGCUUUUUCCUAACAUCGAGAACUUCGUCGACAGCGCUGCCAUAAAUGCAUUUGUGGGAUACAAAGAUCGCUCUGAGAAUCCAGUCACCGCUGUCCUAGCCGAAGUUUAUGGGACCCUUAGUCAAUGUUACGAGCUAAAGGGGGGGAAACUUUUGUGUUGUCUGCUAGUGUUGUAUGUAUGGUUCGUCUCUCGGGUGAAGGAAAGCACAUUGAAUGCCACAUGUCCCGUGGAUGAGCUACUGCAGUGUAAACCAAAUACGAAAGGGGCAAAUGAAUGGGCCCAGCUCUGUGCAAGUCUAAAUGUGGAGCAAAUUAGAUGGAAUGUCCCUUGGCAGCAAAGAUCGCAAAUCAUAUAUUAUUGCGGGAGGUACCCUAAUGUUCCCCUCAUGGGUAUCAGGUGUUGCAUUAACUACAAUCCUGUGUUAGCACAAAGGCAAUUCGGGUAUCCUUUGAGAGGAGCACCUACACCUGCAUCUCUUGCUACAUUGCAGAUAUAUUAUAAAGAAGGAACCUUUGCUGAAACGCUUCAUCAAAUUAGAAAUGCUUGGGGCAGCGUUGUUCGUGCAGAAAGGAACCCAAGACCAUGGACUGUUGAUGAGGGAAUUCCUUNUGACUUUUGGAUUGCAGAGAGGGUUAGGAUAGUGAAGUUACCUUUCAAGUUAGUUUCUCCUAACCUGGAUUAUGAGAAACAGUUUCAUAAGGCUGAAGGUGAGGCGGUGCAACUGUUAAAGGCCGAAUUAGAGCAGAUGAAACUAGAAAAUAUCAAGUUGGCCAGUAAUCUUCAGAAUUUGCAGCAUGACUAUGCUAAUCUCAAGCAGGAUAGUGUGGAAAACUAUGAAGCAUGUGAAGAGUUGUUAUUAAAACAAAGGAGAGAACUGGUGGCAGCCAAAACUGAGCUAGCCUUGAAAGAUUGGGAAUAUGAAAUAGCUGAGAUAUCAGAGCGUGUUAUGAAGCAAAUGUGUGAUGAGUUCAAGAGGGACAAGGAANUUUCUCUCAAGACGUUUGUGCACAUGCUGCUUGAAAACCUCCACCCUUCACUUUUCUAA